UCCAAAGUCACUCGGGCUGGAAAAACUUCUGCACUUUCAGGUAAUGGGUAGUGUUUCCUUAGCAUAGGUGAACUAUUUCAUGGCACAUAUAUGCUGUCUUAUCACUUUCCAUUGGUUGAAGAUAAGCUUUUGAAAGCCAAACAGAAAUUAUAACAUCAAGUGAUCAAAUCAGUCUUUUCUCCAAAUGCUAAACUGACCUUUUUUUUUUUUUUUUAAUUUUUAUUUAUUUAAGUAAUCUCUAUACCCAUUGUGGGGCUUGAACUCAUGACCCUGAGAUCAAGAGCUGCAGGUUCUUCUGACUGAGCCAGCCAGGUGCCACUUAAAAGUUUGAGUAAAACAUACGUAGGAGGGAAAUCUGCCCUCUCCCUAAAGGCAUGUAUUACUUCCAAAGCAAAUAUAUUUCUUUUCCAUACUGUCUCUCUUUGAGACUAGUUUAAAUUUUCAGUUCUUAUCAUUAGGCAGCUUUAUCAGUUUACUUGAAAUGUUUCCUAGUGUAUUUCCUCAACUUUUAAGAAUCCUUUCCCCCGUCUUUUUUGUACUUAUCUAAAUUUUUCUGUGCCUACUAUAAGUAUUAUAAAAUGAUUAAUAAUGAGUCAAGCGGUUAAGCUCAUAUUGAUUGUAAAAGAAUUUGCCUAGUUAUUUUUUGCUUUAACUAUGGUUUAAGUUUAUUCUCAUACUCAUAUUUAUAUCCAUUUUAAGUGCUUACUGAGGUUCAUCUGUUCACCAUUUUUUUGUGUGUAAAAAAGACAUUGUACUAUAAUCUUCUCUUGUCUUCAUAAUUAAUAAGCCUUAGACACUUAUGAUUAUUUAAGCAGCUUAAGAAAGACAAUAGUUGUCAAAUUUAAAAUGUUUCUUUUUAAAGAAAGCUAAAGCUUCUGCUCUUUAGUCCUGAACAAUCAGUGUGUUUCCUGAUUGCAGAGUCAGGAAAUACUUUACUUUUGAAGCAAUCACAGUUAUUCCUGGGGACUUUUAUAAUUGGCUGCAUAGUGAUAACGUGGACUUUAACAAAUAUAACGGAAUUACCACCGGCUUAUUUAAAAAGAGAGAGAACUUUUGAAGUGUGACAAAAGGCUAAUUCUGAGGACUACAUCACUUUGGCAUAUCUAGAGCUCUUGGAGAAUGACUUUCAACUGGCUUCGUGACCAAAGGUUCCUGAUGUUAUAAGCAGCAUAAGGCAGUUAUCGAAAGCUGCCAUGAAAGAGGAUGCCAAAGCCAGCAAAGACAACGAGGAUGCCUUUUACAACUCUCAGAAGUUCGAGGUCUUGUACUGCGGAAAGGUGACCGUGACCCACAAGAAGGCCCCGUCGAGCCUCAUCGACGACUGCAUCGAGAAGUUCAGCCUGCACGAGCAGCAGCGCCUGAAGAGCCAGGGCGAGCAGCGCGGCGGCGCGGAGGCGGGCGAUGACCCGGUGGUCUUCGAGGCCGCAGCCUCAGAAGUCCUGGCGGAGGAAGGGGAUGGCCUCCCCAGCAUCCAGCCUGCCUUCGCAGCCGCGGCCGGCCAGCCCGGGCUGCCCAGCUCUCGAGUUGGCUUCCCGGAGCGGAUUUUGGAAGAUUGUGGCUUUGACGAACAGCAGGAGUUCCGGUCUCGGUGCAGCAGUGUCACUGGCGUCUUACAAAGGAAGGUUCAGGAGAACAGCCAAAAACCACAGCCGCGGAGGAGACACGCCAGCGCGCCGAGUCACGUACAGCCCUCGGAUUCGGAGAAGAAUAGGACGAUGCUGUUCCAGGUUGGGCGGUUUGAGAUUAACCUUAUCAGUCCAGACACUAAAUCAGUUGUGCUUGAAAAGAAUUUUAAAGAUAUCUCUUCUUGUUCUCAGGGUAUAAAGCAUGUUGAUCACUUUGGCUUUAUCUGUCGGGAGUCACCGGAGCCUGGGCUGAGCCAGUAUAUCUGUUAUGUGUUCCAGUGUGCCAGUGAAUCCCUGGUGGAUGAGGUAAUGCUGACUCUGAAGCAGGCUUUCAGCACAGCAGCUGCCCUGCAGAGUGCCAAGACCCAGAUCAAGCUGUGCGAGGCCUGCCCCAUGCACUCUCUGCAUAAGCUCUGUGAGAGGGUUGAAGGUCUCUACCCUCCACGAGCCAAGCUGGUAAUACAGAGGCAUCUCUCUUCACUGACAGAUAAUGAGCAGGCAGACAUCUUUGAGCGCGUCCAGAAAAUGAAGCCAGUCAGUGACCAGGAAGAGAACGAACUUGUGAUUUUACAUUUGAGGCAGCUGUGUGAGGCCAAGCAGAGGACACACAUUCACAUUGGAGAAGGCCCAUCGACAAUUUCAAAUAGUACCAUCCCGGAAAAUGCAACAAGCAGUGGAAGGUUCAAACUUGACAUUCUGAAAAAUAAAGCUAAGAGAUCUUUAACUAGCUCCCUGGAAAAUAUCUUCUCAAGGGGAGCUAACAGAAUGAGAGGCCGGCUUGGAAGUAUGGAUAGCUUUGAACGGUCCAACAGUCUUGCUUCAGAGAAGGACUAUUCCCCGGGAGACUCUCCACCAGGGACACCACCAGCCUCCCCACUGUCCUCAGCUUGGCAGACAUUCCCUGAAGAGGAUUCUGACUCCCCACAGUUUCGAAGACGGGCACACACGUUCAGCCACCCACCUUCGAGCACAAAGAGAAAGCUGAAUUUACAGGAUGGGAGAGCUCACGGUGUUCGCUCCCCUCUUCUGAGGCAGAGCUCCAGUGAACAGUGCAGCAUUCUUCCAUCAGUUCGGCGCAUGCCCAAGGAGAGUAAUUCUUCCUCCAGUCUUCCAAGUCUUCACACUUCCUUCUCUGCCCCUUCCUUCACUGCCCCCUCUUUCCUGAAAAGCUUUUACCAGAAUUCAGGUAGACUGUCCCCACAGUAUGAAAAUGAAAUCAGUGAUGGAGAGGGGAGAAAAAGGACCUCGUCUACUUGCAGCAAUGAGUCCCUAAACACUGGAGGAACUCCCGUCACCCCUCGUCGAAUCUCCUGGAGGCAGCGCAUUUUCCUCAGGGUUGCUUCUCCCAUGAACAAAUCUCCCUCAGCAAUGCAGCAGGGUCUGUGUGAUGGACUGGACAGGAACGAGCUGCUGCCACUGUCCCCUCUUGCUCCAACCAUGGAGGAGGAACCCCUGGUUAUAUUCAUGUCUGGUGAAGAUGAUGACCCGGAGAAGGCUGAAGAAAGAAAGAAGUCAGAAGAACUGAGGAGUUUGUGGAGAAAAGCAAUACAUCAACAAAUCUUGUUGCUUCGAAUGGAGAAAGAAAACCAGAAACUUGAAGCAAGCAGAGAUGAACUCCAGUCCAGAAAAGUUAAACUGGACUAUGAAGAAGUUGGUGUAUGUCAGAAGGAGGUCUUACUAACCUGGGAUAAGAAGUUGUUGAACUGCAGAGCUAAAAUCAGAAGCGAUAUGGAAGACAUUCAUAUUUGUCUUAAAGAAGGUGUUCCCAAAAGUCGACGAGGAGAAAUUUGGCAGUUCCUAGCUUUACAAUACCGUCUCAGGCACAGAUUGCCCAAUAAACAACAGCCUCCUGAUGUUUCCUAUAAGGAACUUUUAAAGCAGCUCACUGUUCAGCAGCAUGCCAUUCUUGUGGAUUUGGGAAGGACAUUUCCUACUCACCCUUAUUUUUCAGCACAACUUGGGGCAGGGCAGCUCUCACUCUUUAACCUCUUGAAAGCCUACUCAUUGCUGGACAAAGAAGUGGGUUACUGUCAGGGGAUCAGCUUUGUGGCUGGAGUCCUGCUUCUGCACAUGAGCGAAGAGCAAGCCUUUGAGAUGCUGAAAUUCCUCAUGUAUGACCAGGGCUUCCGCAAACAGUACAGACCUGACAUGAUGUCGCUGCAGAUUCAAAUGUACCAGUUGUCCAGGCUCCUUCAUGACUAUCACAGAGAUCUCUACAAUCAUCUUGAAGAAAAUGAAAUCAGCCCCAGUCUUUAUGCUGCCCCCUGGUUCCUCACAUUGUUUGCCUCUCAGUUUUCACUAGGAUUUGUAGCCAGAGUUUUUGAUAUUAUUUUUCUUCAGGGAACUGAAGUUAUAUUUAAGGUUGCGCUUAGUCUGCUGAGCAGCCAGGAGACACUUAUAAUGGAAUGUGAGAACUUUGAAAGUAUUGUCGAGUUUCUUAAAACCACGCUACCUGAUAUGAAUACAUCUGAAAUGGAAAAAAUUAUUACCCAGGUUUUUGAGAUGGAUAUUUCUAAACAGUUACAUGCAUAUGAGGUGGAAUACCACGUGCUGCAAGAUGAGCUUCAGGAAUCCUCAUACGCCUGUGAGGAUAGUGAACCUUUGGAAAAGCUGGAGAGGGCCAAUAACCAACUGAAAAGACAAAACAUGGACCUCCUAGAAAAGUUGCAGUUAGCCCAUGCUAAAAUCCAGACCUUGGAAUCCAAUCUGGAAAACCUUUUGACCAGAGAGACCAAAAUGAAGUCUUUAAUCCGGACUCUGGAACAAGAGAAAAUGGCUUAUCAAAAGACAGUGGAGCAGAUCCGGAAGCUGCUGCCCACCGAUGCGCUCGCCAAUUGUGAAUUUCUGCUGAGGGACCUCAACUGCAACCCUAACAACAAAGCCAAGACAGGAAACAAGCCAUAACUGAAGAAGUGCCCUCUCAGCAGAACAUGCUCUUAGAGCGGAGGAAAGGAAGAGUCUGUAUGCUGCUGGCCCAGCGCUGGACACCAGAGCUGACAGAACCACUUGAGUCUGGUGCUGCGCCCGUGUCCUAGCUGGUGGACCUCGGUCUUACUAGAGUACGCCAAUCCUAAGCCAUUGUACAUAUGUAGACUGGUUUUUUCUGUUGUUGGUAUUGACUAUGUACAUAUAUAUAAAAUGGACACAAACAGUUCAUGCUUUCAGAUCAAAAGAGUAGAUGUAUAUUUAGUGAAUUUUUUUAAAUCAGAACUUCAUGAAACCC